AUGCCGACGAGUGGAGAAAGCAGCGCUUCGGGCGCCUCCGCGUACGCGGCCAUGAAGGUCACUGAGCUGAAGGACCUCCUAAGCCAGAGAGGCCUCCCAACGACGGGCAAGAAGACUGAGCUGAUUGACCGCUUGCUUCAGUCGGACGAGUCAACCAGCGCUUUGAAGCCUGAGGCUCUAGCUGGUGCAGCGGAGGCCUCGACUGCUCUGUUGCCUUCCGCGCCUCUGCUGGAGCACGCGGCGGCGGGCGAGCUCGGCGACCUCUCUGCAGCGACGUUCGAAGAGAAGGGCGACGCCUGUUUCCUUCACACGCUGAACGCGGAAGGAGCCGGAAGUGCCGGCGGAAGCGCGCCGCAGGCUCUGCACAUGGCGGGCACUCAUGCGGCUGCGAAGACUGCGUCCUCGUUCUCGCUUGCGUCCGCUGCCGCAGGCGAAAAGACAGCGGCCGGCGCGGCGGGCACGCCAGACGCCGUCAGAAUCGACACGAAAUCAAUGACGGAAGAAGAGCGCCGAGCGCUGCGCAAGGCGAAGUUCGGCGUGAAGACCGACGACGAAAAGAAACUCGACCGGGCGCGCCGCUUCGGGCUCUCUGUGCCUGAACUGGAAGAGGAGAAGAAAAAACUGCGCGCGGAGCGAUUCGGCACUGCGGCCGCUCCGGCGGCUUCCAAGCCCAGCAGCAUCGGCACUGUGGCUGUGGAUCAAGAGGAGGAAGAGCGACGCAGAAAGCGAGCGGAGCGCUUUGGAAUCGUUAGCGAAGAGGAGAAGAAAAGGAAGCGCGCGGAGCGCUUCGGAGUGUCAUCUGAAGAAGAGAAGCUCGCCAAGCGGCUCCAGCGGUUUUCGAGCCCAGCCGCCGGCGCGCCCACCUCGACGACGGCGGCGCCAGUGAAAGUCACCGGCGCAUAG